UAAUAAUAAUAAUAUUUAUUCGGUAAAAGUAUAUACAUAUAAAAUGAGUUACAAACAGAAUGUUAGAUUUAUAGCUAGUAUAUACUAUGCAAACCAUAUAAAAGGCUUUAGCAAAAUCCAUGUAUACAUAAUAAAAGUACUAAAUACAAAACUUCUUGUUGUUAUUUCUUGGCUGUUAUACAUUUUCAUUGUUCAGAAGUUUAUUAUUUUAUUGUCUGAAUAAACGUGCUUGAACUUGAGUGGCGUCAUACCCAACGUCUCAGGUCAGCUGUAAGCCGGUGCGGUGCAGUCAGCAGGAGCCCGGACGCCCGCACUCACCCACAGUUGCUGCUAAUCUCCAGUGCUGAAAGUAGUGUGUCUAAAUCAGCGUGUUACUGAGAUCUGUACAGGAUACAAAAUAUCGUAGUCCAUCAUUGUUGUGUUGCGUGAGGAAGGAGUGAGGAGUGGGAUCAGAGCGGGCGUGCGAGGCGGCUGAGCAGGUUCCGGGGCCACACGCGCCAUCCAACACCACCAUGAGCCACCAUCGAUCCUACUCUUGUCAUAAAUAUGGGUUGGCCGUAGUGGGAAUGGACAAUUCUCCCUUAAACCAGGCCCACCGAGAGCAGCGUCGUGCUGAGUCAUGCCAGCGUGGUGGAAGAUUGGAAGAAGCAGCUGAGUAUCAUGGUCAGGCAGCAAAGCUGCUUACUAAAGCUCUCGCUCUAACAGUUACUCCAUUGGCUCGGCAGAGUAUAACAUUACAACACGGCUAUCAUAUACGCCAACAAGAGCUACUCAGGUUCCGUAGCAAACAACUCGAGAAAUAUGUCAAGGCAAUGGAGAACCAUCGAUUAAAAAUGGGUAGUGCCAGUGGCAAUACUGGAGGAGGGUUUGUCUCUGGAAAUCGGGAAUUUGCUUCUGCCUAUCAGCAUGUGGGCAAGAAGACUCAAACCCUAUUGGUGGAGAUGACAAAGAAUACUGAAAAAUUUGAUUCACUUCUCAGUCUCUUGUUACCUGAAGAAAAUGACACUAGCGGAGGUGGUCAAACUGAAAGUAAAUGCAAGCAAAGUCCACAAGAAAAGGAAGGGGAGUUAGCAUGUGACAUGAAAGAAACAUUAAAUGCUCGAGAGAUAACAGUGAAAACUCUAGACGUGAGAGGCACAAAAUGUUCAGAAAAAGUAACGCAAACUGAAACAGCAAAGCGUGGAGAAUCUAGUAUUGGUAUAAAAAAAGAGAAGGAUGUGCUGGUUAUUGUUGAAGAACUACGGACAUUACGCGAUCACCAGGCUGACCUAAUCUCUCAGCUAAUGACAGAACUUUCAUUCAGGGAAAAAGAGAACACACUUUUAAAGAACCAAGUUUGCGAACUGCAGACUAAGUGUGAGCAGUAUGAGAGCGAGCGGCGGCGGAUGAGGGCGAUGGCUGACUCAAGCUGCUCACCUUUUGUCUUCUCUCCAUUGAGCGAGCUCUCUCCAGACCCUCCUGGUGUUCCAGAUCUCGCACCUCUUGAAAUGCCUCCACUUGAUUUCAUGGAAAAUUUUGAACAAGAUUCUUAAUAAUAGAUUGUGCUCAAAAUUAAUAAUGUAUUUUAUACUAGAGAAUGUGCAACAUAAUUUUUGUGGUAGAAAUUAAUACAUGGUCAUUUAGUUUGUUUUAACAUGCAUAUACAGUAUAAUACUAUAAUUAUACAUUAUGGUUUGUUUUUCUUAAUAGAAAGACCAAAUAUAACUUUGUUACAGUAUUUUAUUAUGAGAAUUUAUUUUGUAUUGAUUGCUAAAAUUAGUACAGAAGCCCUCUUAAAACAUUUAGUAACGGUAUUCAACAUCAAGAUAAUUAUUAAGAGAAUUUGUUGAAAGGUGAACAAGAUGUCUAGUAACAAAUGCUAAAUGUAAUACUUUAUUAGUAAUAAGAGUGAUGGAGUAUGUAGGACAUGAAGGUGACUAAGAACCAAAUGGUUCAAGCAAGAAAUAACCUGGGUAGUGGUGCAGGUAAUAUAAUAAAAUGGUGAAUUUUGAGCAAGGCCUAAGUACAAGGGCAGGAACAUACAAAAUUUCUGAGUAAAUACUGUACCUGUGCGGAGAUAAACAUUUUAAGAGGAUGUUUUGUUUAACUCGGCAUUAUAAAUGUUCACAAUGCACUUUGCUGACAAUUUCUGCUCUUCCCAUUUGUUUUAGUAAUAUCUGGUAUUAUUCAGAAAUAUCCGGUAUUGGGAUUUGGACGUAGACAUAAAUUGAUUAUGCUUACUAUAUAUUAACUGUACUCUCCUUACCACUAUCAACUGCCUCAACUAAGCUGGAGUAAAAAGAUAGAAAAUUUGUUAAACAUGAACGACCAUUUGUAAAACCAUGUUGCGAGUACUGGUUCGAUAAAAGAGUUGAUGAUUUGGUUGGAAUCGAUAAGUGCAAAUACAAUUCGUCUUCAUCUUAAGAAACAUAAAUUAAUAAUUGAAAAACCAGUUGAAAAAUACAUUGUGUAGCUUGGCUCUUGGGUUAAUUAGUCUCGUAUCUCUUGGGUGCACAGUAACGGUACAAUUGCUCUCGCUGGUGCUGUUAAAACGUACUAACUCCAUUAUACUCGCUCUUUAUCUUUUCUGCUUCCCUUACUGCUGAUUGUCAUGAUGUAUUAUGAGCACUUACAGAGAUCUCAUGAGACAAAUUAUGCCUCUACACUUAAUUUUAAAUACAGUUCAUAACAUGGUGAUCCAGCUCUUCAUACAUAGCAUGAGCUUUGAUUAAAACAUAUUGCUUUUAGAUAGUACAGCAAUUAGAACAUUUUUAAGAGAACCUUUUAUAACUUCUGAUUCUAACAUUUUUCUAAACUCGAUCAAGAGUUUUUUGAAUGUAUUAGUAAUUUUAUGGAAGUCUACUAUUCAACAUUUGUUAGUAUAAACAGACAUUUGCUUUUAGUUACUUCCCGGUUUGGUGCCUUCUUUUGGUAAUUAAUUACUUGCUUUUAGUGCAUUUUCCUAUUUUUUGCCUGCUGGAAAUGGUUUUUGGAUAUAACUUGCCUUUAUAUUAAGCAUGCCAAAAUUGGAGACAUAUUGCUUCAUGUAUUUCAUAGGCAGUGCAGUGACAUCUUGACUUUAUGAUCAGUAUGACAAUGAUUAUAAGCUGAACCUGUCCUCUUUCCAUGUGUGAACCUCAAAAAUUACAUUUGGCAGAAAAAGAAUUGUUGUCUUGACAUAUAAAAUGUUUAAUAUCCUCUUAAUGGAUUCUCUUCAUAGAAACUAAAAAACUUUUAUUUAACAUUAAAAAUGGUUCCUCCUCUUUGCUAUAUCCUAAAUUUGGCUUUCAGUUGCCAUAUAUUUACACCACUUUCUAGAAACUUGUAACAAAAUUUUGAAUGUACAGUAUUAUAUAUUUUCUUUGCUAGCACCUAUUAUUGACAUUUCUUGAAUUUUUACCUGAGAAAUUACCAGAAAAAUUCAGUUACUGUAUUUGAUUGUAUUUCCCUCCAGUUAGUAAAGCAAACUUUGAAUAUGAAUCUCCAAAAUUCUUGUGGGGAGCAACAGGGUAGUUAGAGGACUAUUCUUUAAGAGCUUGUUGUUCAGACAAUAUAUUUUCAGUUGAAAAUUCACUAGUUUUCUCUCUUACUGUUUGAAGGUGGUAAAUUUUCAGCUUGUGAAGUUUGUACAAUUCAUGCUUUGUGUGGCUAUAGUGUACAAUAUUUUAUUUGCUAUUUUUGCAAGAGAACUUUCAGAACCCUUUACUGUAUACAGUGACUGAGUAUCCAUAAACUAUAUAUUGUAGUUCUUUCUGACAAAUAGGAAAAAACUAAACAACAGUUUCCUUCCAAUCGAUGGGAAAGCAUUUUCUUUUUGCAGAAAUUUUCUCUUUCCAGAAGUGUGUGUGAACACCACAACUUUGACCCUUACCGAUGAAUUUUCAUGAUAAAAUAAUUGUUUUGCCCUAAAGUACUUUCUGCCUUUUGACCAAGAUUUCAUUAUUUGUGGAAUCAUACAUAAUGUAUGGGAAUAGUGCUAUAAUACUUUCAAGCUAGUAAAAGUAAUUUUAUUUUAGGAAGAGAGAGUUAAUGUCAUAUUGCAUAAUUAGCAUAUUAUAUUCACUGUUUAUAAUUGAUGGCAUCUCCAUAUCAUCCAUUCUCUUGUGUUAAUAAUUAUAUGUGCUGAAAAUAUUUAUGAAAAAAUUGGUAAGGAGGAUCAUUAUAUUUGUAUGCCAUCAUGUCAUGAUUUUAUCUAAAAACUGUGUGUAACUGUGUGUAAAAGGGAGUGUGCAAAUAUUAGGUUGUGUAUAGGGUAAUAAAGGCUUGGUUGUAAGAGGUGAUUAAGUUAUACUGUAUAUCAUAUUAACAAUAGCUUAUAUACACAUAGAAAUCACAAUAAGGUGAUAUCAAAUGAACAAAUCCACAAGGGCCUUGAUGAGGGUUCAAACCAACGCACAGGAUGUUCCCAGA